UUUCCAGGCCCCGCCCAUCGCCCGCCUCUUCCCAGCCCGUGAAAUACCCUGCUUUCCCCUGUCCUCUCACAGCCUCUGGGAUCCCCACAGGGUAAUGGGCAUCCUGCUCCUGCAGGCACCGUGACCCCUGGCCCACCCAGUGCCCACCUAGUCCAGGCUCACCAGUCUCCCGAACCCCUGCUUGUCAGUCGACAUUUGGCAUCUUCAGCCAGAGGGACUUACGUGAAAAACUGACCGUCCCAUCUCCACAGCCCAGCAAAGCAUGAGGGAAGCGGAAGUAGCUGCCCUUUCCAGUGCUCGGUAGCAGGCAGGCAGCCGCGUUUUUCUGAGGUGGGGGCUCUAAGCUGCUCGGGACUUGGGGACAGCUGUACUGCCACAUAGGAAGUGACCUCUGCAUCGGCCUCUGGGUGGCGACCUCAUGUUUGUGGCAUCUGGUGACUUCUGGAGUGAGCACUGAACUCGGAGUCCCAAAGCCCUGGUGGCCAGCUGCCAGCCCCCAACAGUGCCCCAGCCUCAGCCAUGAGCCCCUGGAGGAAGAACCACCUCGGCACCAGCAGCUCUGAGCCCCUCAAGGUCAUCAUCAUCGGCAAUGGGCCCUCGGGCAUCUGCUUGUCCUACCUGCUCUCGGGCUACACCCCUUAUGUGAGACCCGGAGCCGUCCACCCGCACCCCUUGCUGCAGAGAAAGCUGGCCGAGGCGCCGGGCAUCUCCAUCCUGGACCAGGACCUGGAUUACCUGUCAGAGGGCCUGGAAGGCCGGUGCCAAAGCCCCGUGGCCCUGCUCUUCGAUGCCCUCCUGCGGCCAGACACAGAUUUGGGGGGCACCAUGGAGUCCGUGCUCACCUGGAAGCGCCAGGAGGAGCGAGCCAUCCCCCACAUGGUCCUGGGCCGGAACCUGCCUGGGGGAGCCUGGCAUAAUAUUGAAGGCUCCAUGGUGACCCUGAGCCAAGGCCAGUGGAUGGGGCUCCCAGACCUGCAGGUCAAGGACUGGAUGUGCAAGAAGCGAAGAGGACUCCGAAACAGCCGGGCCACCGCCGGCGACAUCGCUCACUACUACCGGGACUACGUGACCAAGAAGGGUCUGGGCUGCAACUUCCUGUCGGGCGCCGUGGUGACAGCGGUGGAGUGGAGGACGCCCGAGCCCGGCGGCUCUGGGACCCGGGACCAGGGCCCCCUCUUCCAGGUGCGCGGUUUCCUGACCACUGAGGGCCAGAUCCAGGAGCCCUUCUCCCUGUAUGCCCACAACGUGGUCCUGGCCACGGGCACGUCGGACAGCCCGGCCCGCCUGGGCAUCCCCGGGGAGGCCCUGCCCUUCGUCCACCAUGAGCUGUCGGCCCUGGAGGAGGCCAGGCGGGCGGGCAGCGUGACCCCCACUUCAGCCCCUGUGCUCAUCGUGGGCGCAGGCCUGUCGGCGGCCGACGCGGUCCUCUACGCCCGCCACUACAACAUCCCCGUCAUCCACGCCUUCCGCCGGCCCGUGGACGACCCCGGCCUGGUGUUCAACCAGCUGCCCAAGGUGCUGUACCCGGAGUACCACAAGGUGCACCAGAUGAUGCGCGAGCAGUCCAUCCUGUCGCCCAGCCCCUACGCGGGCUACCGCAGCCUCCCGGAGCACAGGCUGCUGGCCUGCCGGGAGGACGGCCAGGCCGUGCUCCGCAGCCCCCGGGGCCUCCAGAAGGGCUUCGGUGUCUCUCUGGUGCUGAUCCUCAUCGGCUCCCACCCCGACCUCUCCUUCCUCCCUGGGGCCGGCGCCAACCUGGCCCUGGACCCUGACCAGCCACUGAGUGCCAAGAGGAACCCUGUUGACGUGCACCCCUUCACCUACCAGAGCGCCCAGCAGGAGGGCCUGUACGCCAUGGGGCCGCUGGCCGGGGACAACUUCGUGCGGUUCGUGCAGGGCGGCGCCCUGGCCGUGGCCAGCUCCCUGCAACGGAAGGAGGCCCAGAGGCCACCCUAGCCCCAGCAUCCUCGCACCCAGACCCUAAAGAAGAGGGGAGAUCACUGCCCCCCUGCUGCGCACCCCCACCAAGGAAGGAAGCUUCUGCAGGAGACAGUGGGGUCAAGCCCCUACCACCGGCCUCUGAAGAGGCAGGGGAGCCCCGGCCGACAGCUCACGAAGAGCCCAGAGCGGGGACAGCAGCUGUGGGCCCAGGUGGGCCUAGAACUACAGUUGAGGGGCAAGCUGCCAGUUGGGCCAGGGUCACCAGGGCCAGCUGAGUGCCCAGCCAGGAGGACUGCACGCUCCAUCCUCCCAGGAUAGGUCCUGAAUAAACCAGCGCCUGCCUCCACUCACAUGCCUGAGGAUUC